AUGGAACAGUUUCCCGACAAGCGGCCGAGCCCGCCACGGUACACCGACGCCGCCGUCGCAAAAGACGUCACGUGGAUCUUCGAGAGUUUUCAGAUGGAACCGCGAGACCACCAAAUGGUCUGUCUUCAAAAACUUCUCGAAGACCUUCAGUCGCAAACGCCGCAGAACAAUUACUUGAUGCAACACGCGACAGGGUCAGGGAAGUCGAUGACCAUUGCAGUCCUUUCGCACUUUUUGUAUAACUUGGACGACGGAAAACGGUUUGACAAAAUCAUUGUAUUGAAUGAUCGAAUUCAUUUAGACACACAGCUUUGUAAUACAGUGAAAAGCGUCAUUGCCGUGUCCGACGGGGUCAAAGUGAAACGGAUGAAGAAUUCGACGAAGCUCCAGAAAGCGCUGCAAGACAAAGAGACGCGAAUGUUCUGUACAACGCUCCAGAAGUUCGCGUUUGUCGAAACGGAACUCCCAAACGACUUGAAUAUCGCGAUUAUAUCGGAUGAAGCGCAUCGGUCCCAUGGCGCAGCGGCAACGAGAAAACUACAUACGAUGCUCACGGGGGAACAAAGACAAAACAGACAUAUAACGUACUUUUCAUUCACUGCAACACCAACACAGAAGUGCUUGAGGCUCUUCGGAACACACAGAGACGGACUUAUAAGGCCGUUCCACUGCUUUUCGUUAGCAGAAAGUGAAACAAAGGGUUUGGUGCUCAAUGUACUGAGGAACUACUCUGUUGUGCCGAAGAUGUAUAAUUUGACGGGGAAAACGAAAGGCAUUGAAAUGAUUACGGACGGGAAACAAGUCGCGCGGUGUCUCUCGGACGAGAUCAGAACAACGGAAAGUUUGAUGAAAAGAAGAGCGGAAUUUAUCAUCGAGCAUUUUUCGAAUCUUGCGGAACAGAAAGACAACGACAAAUUCAAAGGGAUUGCGAUGUUGGUGUGUCGAACACGGAAAAGCGUGAUUAAGUAUACGCAAAUGUUGCGGAACGUGAUAACAGAGAAAGGAAAGGACUUUGGCGUGUUUGGGACGUUCAGUGAAACGGACAUCGACGGGGUGAUGGAAAGUGAGGAGAAGCUGAACACGAUGUACAACACGUACAGCGACUCGAAACACAUUUGUGAAUUACUGAAGGAUCAAUCGAAGAAUAUCAGAAUCAUUGUUGCUGCCGACAAAUUACAGACGGGGUUUGAUGAGCCGAGACUGAUGUGUAUGUACGUUGACAAAGUGCUGAAUGGUGCGCAUGCAGUACAAACACUUGGGCGGUUAGACCGAAAGUGUGAGGGGAAGGACGAGGUGUUUGUUGUUGAUUUUUCGAAUCAGAUGGAAGCCCUUAAAAAGGCGUGGGGAGCGUUUUAUCAUGAAGCGUUGCUCUUUGAGUCUGACAGCGAUGUGAAACGACAGGAUGUGUUCAAUGCUGUUAAAAUGCGGUUGAAAACGAUUGAAGGUGUCAAGGAGAAGAAUGUGGAAGUUGCGAGGAUAGCAGUGAAACAGGAAAACGUUGAACGGAGGAUUCGGAUGACAAACCCGGUCCAGACGGACAUGCUUCUCUUUUUGAAAUUAGUUGACUACUUUCAAGACGACAACGACACCGACGUCAAGUACUCUUUUAUAUCAAAGCUCUACACGUCGUUGUCGACACAAAACACAAAGACCGCGAGUCUAACGCAGUUACUUAAAAGCUCUUUGGGAGUGAGUGUGGAUGGUGAGAAAGUUGAGGCAGUUGAUAUGCCGAUAACGAGCAUUGAGAGGAGUGGGCCGAUAGCGAAUAGCCUUGCAGUGUAUCAACGGAGGUGUCGAGAGAUGACAUCAACGGAAGUGGUUGAACUUGCUGAAAGGAUGGUGGACGGCGAACGGAGUGUGAACGAUGGGAUCAGUCGAUUUUCGCAAGAGGUGUAUUCGAAAAACAACCGGGACUUGCUGCGAGGGAUUGUGAAUAAAUAUUCGAAACAAGCGGUGAAGAGAAAGCCAGUCAAGAAGGUGGAGGUCAACGCGUAUUGUAAACAAAAUGUGCGUUCGUUACUUGGGUGGGAGAAGGUGAAUGGGACGCUCCGUUUUUUAUUGAAAGAGAUCAUCAACAGCGAAGGGUUGGAACAGUUUGUGAAUGAAAAUGGAAUACCGUUUUUGUUUGGGAUUCUCAGUAGCGCGGGGACGUAUGAAAUGUCGUUUGUACAAGCGGGACUUGUUGUGAUACUGGAAUGCACGAAACCGGUGUUCACGAGCGCAUUGAAGGAGACCAUGUUCGACGUUAAUUAUUUGAUGAAAGCCGUGGAGGAAAACACGAAAUAUCUUUCAGCGAAUGCAUUGAAAAUACUUCUGAGGAUCUGCUCGAUGUUUCCAAGAGUCAAAGAGUGUGUGGUUGGGGACGAAACAUUCCGGAAUAAGAUUAAGGAAAUGUCGCAGAACUCUUCACUGUUUGUGAAACAGGCGGUUGACAGUUUUAUUAAGCUUCACAUCCACGCAUGA